AUGCAAAUAACCAGUGCAUUAGCGAAAGGCAACCCUCUUCUUACCCCCUUAUCUAGAUUUCUCUGUAUGCGUCAUCAUUCAUCAACCAACUUGUUUGUCACGGGGCUUUCCUAUGAUACAAAUGAACCGAUUCUGAGAGAUGCAUUUGAUAAGCAUGGUGAAAUCACCGAAGUUAGAGUAAUAUGUGAUCACGUAACUGGGAAAUCAAGAGGUUAUGGAUUUGUGCGGUUCGUUUCUGAAACUAUAGCUGCUACAGCUCGCAAAGAAAUGAACGGCCAGGUUUUUAUUUUCUUUCAUUUCCCCUGUUUGUUGAACAUGAAUUGA